CCGUCUCACCCUGACCUACGGCGCCCCUCAUUCUUGUCAUGAUGGCUCGUGUAAUCAAAGACCAACUCGACAACUGCAUGCUCAUCGCAUGUGCCCUUGACGAGUGGAACGAGGCAGAUCAUUGGAGGCUCUCUGCCGAACAGACAUAUCACACAAGCAUUAACGAAGAUACACACAAGAAAGAUGUGAACUCGUUGAUGGAAGAGCUGACUGGUGUAGAUGAGGAAGAGAAGUGUGCAGAUCAUGGUGAGGACCUUGACGAGGAAAUGGCGGAUCCCACUUUGGAAGAGUAUUAUUACGAGGAUGCUGAGGCUGUGGCUCAGGCUGGAAAUGAGGUUCAAGUUGCAGCCGACGUGAUCAGGCUCCCCAUUCGCUCCACCGGCGCGUUCGCCCAGGAUUUCGACACUGCCGAACCACCUGCUCUCCAUAUCAUCGCGCCUACACCUCUCCAACAUGAUGAGACUACUCACCUCACCAAGGGCACAAAGCUACGUCGUCAAAGGAGCACUCGUUUCAACAGAGGUGGGGCUUUCCAUGCCCAAGAGUUUGCAAAUUCAUUCAAAAAGACCCCGUCUUCGUCUCGUGCAAGCAUCUUGGACAUGGAAUGGGAACAACGCAAGUGGAGAACAGUUUGUCUUCUCUUGGCAUUCUCCCAAAGAUGGUGA